AUGACGGACGUACAACGCACACGACACGUCCUGCGCAAGUCAUAUGCCUGCGAUGAGUGCAAGCGGCGCAAGAUCCGCUGCUCCGGCGAUGAGAACUGCGCCAACUGCAAGCGCGAUAUCAAACUUUGCCGGUAUUCCUCGCCUUCUCAGAGGCUAUCGACUUUGCAGAGACGUCUCCAUGAAUUGGAACGCAUCAAAGCAGACAUGGAGCGGGCGUGGGCCGUCUACCUCCCAUCAGUCGAUCUCCAUGAAGCAUUGCAAACAAUCCGCCUACAAAACGACAAUACCGAUCCAGUCCCAGCCGACCAAAAACGGCAAAAGCACCACAACGACGUCACUCAUUCAACGGAGCAACCUCCGACCAGCUUCGCGGAGCACAGUAAUGCCGAGGACUACGAGUUUGACGAGUCGCAGGACUUUGAUAACUCCACAGACGGUAUGGGGUUUCUGACUGUCGAUCCGCACAAGGCUGGCUAUACGGGUCCACAGUCGGGGGUUGCGGCAUUAAAGUUUCUUCAGUCGCUUCCGCUGUAUUUGCCACUGAGUAGCUUUACUCCGGGGUCUUCGCUGGAUGAUGAGGAGGAUGAUUCGUCUGCUGCUGCGGUGCAGCGGAGGAGGGCUGAGAUUAAUCGGUAUUUGGAUGAUUAUUUUGAGUAUUAUCAUCCUGCGUACCCUAUUCUGCAUGAGGGGACAUUUCGUGCACGUGUCUCCGGUGCACUUGCCAAGCCCCGCGAUGGAUCAUGGCCACUGCUAUACAACAUCGUCCUCGCAAUUGGGGCAUUCGUCGGGGACUCCAAUGCAACCAAAGCCGAUGUCCCCUACUUCAAAGAAGCCCGAAAGCAUCUAUCAAUGGAUGUGCUGGAGAAAGGGUCCCUGAGCUAUGUACAGGGCAUUGUGCUUAUGGCCAACUACCUGCAAAAGCGCAACAAGCCCAACGCAGGUUUUAUCCUGAUCGGAAUCGGCUUCAGCAUGGCGCUAGCCAUCGGCCUGCAUCGCGAAUUCGGCAUGCCGAGUACUUCGCCUUUCACUAUGGAAAUUCGACGACGCGUGUGGUGGACGCUAUUCGUGUUCGUGUCCGGCGUCCAGCUUAUCCUAGGCCGACCGGCCGUGUCCCUGGUCGGGGUAACCGUCCAUCUACCCGCCAACGUUGACGACCACGACCUCGCAGUCGACAUGGAGGCGCUACCCGAAUGCGGCACAGGACCGACCAUAACAUCCUAUCUGAUCGCGCAGGUCAACCUCGCUAAGAUAGCCAAUGCCGUCCAGGUCGAGCUGCUUACGCACCACCUACCCACGUACCAGAAAGCUGCAGCUCUGGAACAGCGCAUCUCAGCAUGGUACCAUGAACUCCCGGCGCACUUCAGCCUCGACGUCCCCCUCGAACCACGCUUCGACAUUCCACGACGAGUACUCCUUUGGCGAUCCUUCCACCUCCGCAUCGUCAUAAACCGCCCCUUUCUCUUCCAACGCAUCGCAGCGAAAUCCGAUCUCGCGACAUCGUCGGGCCCAAUCGCCUCCUGUCUCGCUGCGACAGACGAAUGCGUAGCUUCUAUCUGCAGAUUCCUCGAGUCGACUGAUAACCGCCGUCGCGGACUGACUUGGUACGCGACCUGCUGGCUACUCACGGCUACUUUUGUCCAGGCGACAUGCUACAUUUAUGAACCUGGGAAUGCGCUCGCGCCGGGCUGGAAGAGCCAUAUUCAGCGCGCGGUCGACUGUCUCGGUAGUUUGGGGUCGUCGCACGACAUGGCUCUCCGGGCCAGAGACGUUCUUCAAACGGUCCUCGAACACGGGCAUGGAUUAGCCGCACCGGGAAAUUUUAGUCCGUACACCUCGACACAAAUCCCAGCACCGUUUCGAUCACUCUGGGCACCCUCGGACGACCAGGCGAACUUCAACCCGUUCUCCAUGGGCCUCGACCAGAAUAUACCGGGGUACCCGCAGGGAUCCUUCAACGCGGAAUUCCUAGAUGCGACAGCCGGUCUAAUGAUCCAGAACUUUUUCGAUAGUACCGAUGAACGACAAAAUAACUCAUGCAUGCCUGGAUGA